AUGGGUGGAAUUUUGCAGUUUUGUUCAUUUGUUUCUAAACAAAAAGCUGGAGUGGCUAAUGUUGUUGCUGAUGCACUUUCUAGAACAUAUUCCUUGUUGUCGAUUCUGGAAGCAAGAGAUGGAUUCUUGUUUAAAAAUGGUAAGUUGUGUAUUCCAAGAGGUUCCAUUAGAGAUCUACUGAUAAGAGAAGCACAUGGAGGAGGUUUGGCGAAAGAAACUUUUCAGAAAGGUUUGUAUAAUCCUCUUCCAGUUCCAAGUCAACCCUGGGAAGAUCUUAGCAUGGAUUUUAUUGUUGCAUUGCCUAGAACUGCACGAGGGAAAGAUUCAAUAAUGGUGGUUGUUGAUCGAUUUUCAAAAAUGGCACAUUUUAUUCCUUGUAACACCACAAAUGAUGCUUCAGCAAUGGCAAAUUUAAUUUUUCAAGGAAAUUGGUCGCUUGCAUGGGAUUCCAAAAACAAUUGUCUCAGAUAG